AUGGCAGGCGCAUCCUCCUCUCGAAGACCUCGGAAGAUGUUCGCAUACCGCUCUCCCUCGGCCUCAUCCUCAUCCGCAUCGUCCUCUUCGUCUUCGAUCGGGCCCACUCGAAGCACUCCCGCUUCCGCAACCGUCAGCCAUUCGCCCUACCCUACCCCGACUAUCCUCUUCUCGCUCCUGCAUGACUCCACACCCGUGCAAUACGAGCACCUCCUCUCUUCUACCAACUCUCGCUACCCUGGAGCACCCGGCACUGCCCUCGCCAAAGCUCGAGAGGCGUCCAUCAAGGCCGCCCAAGCUGCAAAGAGGGAAGCUGAUAAGAAGCGCAGAGACAAGGAAGAACUCAUCCGGCUGGGUGUGGGUGAGAAGAUGGGCAAGAGGAGCAGGGACACAGCUUCGGCGCACAAGAGGAGCGAGAGCCCCUUCACUGGCAACGGCAAUGGCAAUGGCAACGGUCACAGCACGACUAGCGCUACGAGGAGGAGUCAGCGGGAAAAGGACAAGGAUAAGACGGGCGAUGGCGAGGCUCAUGAUGGUAGGAGAAGCCGGGGCACCUCCGUCGUCCGCUCUCCUGCUCUCAAUGGGAACGCACUUUCAUCCGAGCAGCCACAGCAGUCCAAUGACAUGCUCUCAGUCCCCGGGACCAGUCAUGCCGUCAACGGAAGUGGUCGUAUCCGCAAACCUGCAUCGAGGGGCAACUCGCCGAUUCCAUUGACUGAAGCCCGCAAGAGCCCUGAGCGCAUCAAUGGUCACUCGACUGUACACGGCCUCGGUCUCAACACUCCUACCAGUAACGGAGGCAUCGUUCACGCUGCCACUCGACUGGGAGCAGCCAACCCUACGCAGCCCUUUCAAAGCUCCCCCUUGGCACGAGACAGCAUCAAGUCUUUCCCGAGCAUCUCCGUUGAGACUGAGCCAGUCGAGCCACCCAUGACCACGAGGAGCCGGAAAGGAGGAUCUCAUUCGCCAUCUCUCGUCUCCACCACUGAGCAACAACCAUCUCAGCAGAAGUUGGCCGGCAUCCAUGAGCAUGAGCGGAAAGGCGAAAGCGGGGGAGAUGCGGAUGACGACAGUUACGCGGCGGAGGGCAAAGCGGGGACAGGCGGCGCACCAGCAGCGGAAGCGGACAGGCGACGCGCCGCGACAGCAGACGGCUCGACCUCUCAAAGCGCGGCUACCGGCACGGAACCUACCCCGGCUGCACCCUAUGGCGAAGGCGUCAACUCGACUUCCUCACCCAUUUUGCCUGCUGGGAUCACUGCUUAG